AUGGCAGUCUCAUUGAACAUCGUCCCCUUGACGGACUCGAUUGACAUGUUCGGAGAGCCAGACGAAUCAUCAGCAUAUUCCGUCUCUGGCCAUGUUUCCAUAUCACUUUCGUCCUCGACCUCACUGUUCUACCGCCGCGCACCCACCCGUCUUCUUCUCCAAUCGCUAUCAAUCACGUUCGAGGGGCAAACGGAGCUUCUAAGCCCCGAGACAGGCUACUCUGGUCUUCGACUGUGUUCGGUAUCGCAGGAACUCGCACCCAGUCAGUCGAUAGAGCUUAGCAAUGAAGGAAUGGAGGACUCAGACAGGCCAUGUACGUGGAAUAUCGUGUUUAACCUCACCAUUCCUGGGUGGUUGCCACCGACACAUGUGUUUGGCGACUGCCAGCGUGGACCUGCUGGCACGAAAUACGCAUUGUACGCCACUGCCAAGUUCGCGAACGUAGACGAGACCCCUUCCAGUUCGUCCUGGAUAUCGACAUUAUGCUCCCCCUUCAUCACCUCUACUAGACUCACACAAGCCACGCCUUGUCCCAUCACUCUUAACCGGCGACACAUACCCCCUCCACUUCCCGCUUCCGAGUCCUCCGACUUCUCGAUGCUCAGCUACUCUGUCACAGCUCUAGACAGGGGAACCGGAAAGGUACCGCCCAACUCGAUCCCCAUCGACAUCCUUUCCAAACUCCAAGUGAUCGUCUCUCUCCCAGAGCGUAUCGAUACGAAGAGGGAAUCUUUCCCGUUCUCCCUUCGGCUGCGCGCUCCUGAGCUCUCGGACGAGGAAGUCGAGAAGAUCAGAUUGACAGAAUUCGUGCUCGAUAUCCAACAACACGAGAAAUAUCAGUACGUACAACCUUCACCCUUUACGACUCGCCCCUCGCCAUCAUACACAUUCCCACUUCCAAAGCCCGAGAACCAACCCCCCGCGCGACCUCUCCUCGUCCCACAUCCCGACAGCUCCUACUACGAGCUCGGGAUCAUGUCCAGCCCCGCCGACCGUGUCUCCUGCGCCCGCACCUUCUCUCUCUGCCCAGACUACAUCAACACCGAGUUCUUACCUUCUAACGAGGGUAAGAUCUUCCGUCGUGGGCCCGAAGAACCGGACCGUAAUGCAUGGUACGCGAUGCACGUCACCCUUCCAUUCGUAAACGAGCACGAGCAGUACGGCCCCCGCAAGAGCCGACGCGAGGAAUGGGCUGGCGUGCCGAAACUGCGUUUGACGGAGUCGUCGCCCCUGCUUGGCGUCAAGCAUACCCUCCAGAUUUCGAUCGUCGUGAAGUACAUAGAGGACGAGGAGGAACUGACGGAGAAGCUUGCGUUCGCGCUUCCUUUGAAGUUCGUCCAGUUGAGGUCGUCGUCGUCGUCGUCGCCUUCGUUCAUGGAGUCCCACAUUGCCGACGAUGUUAUGAGCCACGGUCACUCGGAUUCGACGGAUUCGUUGGACGUUGAGUCCAUUUCCGAGACUGCGCCACUCAUGCCGCCUUCGCGAUCGUACAUUGCUGCACCGAGCUUGCCAUCGUACAAGGAGCUGUACUACGCGAACGGAGAGCGCAGGAUUGACGAGACGACACCUUUACCUGUGUAUACCAAGACUCCCUCGGAGGCGCCACCGCCGCCUCCUUCCACUGCUGCCCUGCCUGUACCUUCACGUCCCUUCGUCGCUUUGGACGAAACGAAGCAGUCGCAUUCCGUCCCACUUCAACACGUCACUUCGUCAUUAGCCUCCUCCGAGGUUUCUGACCCUCCUUCGGAGAUUUCUUCCUCACCUUAG